UCAACACUACUAUAUAACAAAUAAUUUGAGGAUGUAUGCUACUAAGUUAGAAGAUUGAUAAUGGGUAAGAAAGGAGGUGGCGGUGGCGGUGGCGGUGGUGGCGCUGCUAAAGGCGGCGGGAAGGGAGGUGGUGGUAAAGGUAAGGGAAAAGCAGAUGCUGGUGCUAGUGCUGCAGCUGAACCAAAAGAGAAGAAAGGUCUAAAUUCGGUGAAAGUUCGCCAUAUUCUGUGCGAGAAACACGCCAAAUCCAUGGAAGCGCUAGCCGAGCUGGAGAAGGGUCUCAAGUUUAACGAAGUAGCUACAAAGUACAGCGAGGAUAAGGCUGGGAGUGGAGGUAAUCUGGGGUGGAUGGUGCGGGGCAGCAUGGUCGGGCCCUUCCAGGACGCCGCGUUCGCACUUCCUAAAAGUACUAUUGCUAAACCGGAUUAUGUUCAAGUUAAGACGAAACAUGGUUAUCACAUAAUCAUGGUGGAGGAUAAGAAGUGAAGUUUUUUGUUGUAAAGUUUUGGUUUUAGAUAAAUUAUUUGUUUUUACUCUUUAGGUAGGAUAAAAUUCUGUUUCUUAAUUGAAAGGACACAAUUAUAUAACAUUUUUUUUGGGGAUUGCUGGGAUUCUCUGUUUGUUUCUGAAUAUAGUUCCCAUUUAAUAUUUAUAAA